CCGCCCCCCCGCCCAUGAGAUUAGCAGGGGAGCGUGUGACCUCACUGGGUUCCCCUGGGGAUCCCCCCCUCCCUGCCCAGAGCUCUGUGGGAUGGGAGUCAGGGUAGCGCCCUGGUGGGGAUGGGGUUUGUCUGGAGGUCCUGCUUGGCGCUGCCCAUCUCCCUGCCCUGCUUGUGGCCUGGGGUAGCCAUGUGGCAGGGUGCGUUUGUGGUACAGCACAAGAGACUUUGGCCCCCAGGGCCUGGCUAAAUACCCCCAGGGAGCAGGCCCCGCUGGCUCAUUCCUGGCAUGGCUCUGUGCUUGCUGGGCUCAUAGGAGGGGGAGGGUGUUGGCUGAUUCCUAUUGCUAGACCCCCUAAUCCUGUCCUGGGGGCCCCGAUUCCUCCCAGUCUGGGCCGGUAUCCCAAGCCUAGGGACCAGGGGAAUGUAACGGAGCUGUAGGGUGUGGUGUGGUGCGGUGCGGUGCUCUCUGCUGUGGAAUGUGCCCUGACCGGUCCGGGCAGGCUGGGCUCUGGCUUGUGCUGGCGCCUGCUGCCCUAGGCAUGUCCCCCUUGCUGACUGCCUGCCCCCCUCCGCCCCCUGGGCUGGGAGCUGGACUUGAUGCCUCCUGGUCUUGGGGAGGGAGGGAAGAUCCUGACCAUGACGGAUGGGCUCAUGAGCAAAGCUGCCACGAUGGAGAUCCCCAUCAACGGAACGGGGGAGACGAGCAGCCUGCCGGAGGACGAUGGCCUGGAGCAGGCUGGCCGGGGGCAGCAGGGCCAGGCUGCCCUUGGGGGCUGACUCCCCAUUCCAGGGGCCAGUCUGAGCCCAGAGCUGCCCCCAGCUCCCCUGGACUCUGCUCUUGUCCGUUUCAGGACCUGCAGCAGGUGAUGGUUUCGGGGCCCAACCUAAACGAGACCAGCAUUGUGUCGGGGGGCUACGGGGGCACCGCUGAGGGGAUCAUCCCCACCAGCACUGUCAAAGGCCCUGCAGUGCGGUAUAACGCCUCCUUCCCGGGACUGCGGCUCCUCCAUGCACAAGGCUCCUUUGUCACAUCUCAUUCCUCCCGAGGAGCAUCCAUCUCACCCAGUGAAUCUGCUGCCAGCCGGAUCGCCAGCCAGGCAGAUGCAUCAGCAGGGUCUGGGCUGCACCUGCCUCACCCUAGCCCCGUGGCAGCGGGCGACGAGGCCGCCCGGGGCAUCGCUGUGGAGAAGUUUGAUAUUGUCAAGAAAUGGGGCAUCAACACAUACAAGUGCACCAAGCAGCUGAUCUCGGAGCGCUUCGGCCGGGGCUCACGUACAGUGGACCUGGAGCUGGAGACACAGAUCGAGCUGCUGCGUGACACGAAGCGCAAAUACGAGUGUGUGCUGCAACUGGCGCGGGCGCUGACCCACCACUUCUACAGCCUGGUACAGACCCAGCACGCCCUGGGCGACGCCUUCUCCGACCUGAGCCAGAAAUCCCCCGAGCUGCAGGAGGAGUUUGGCUGUAACGCAGAGACGCAGAAGCUGCUGUGUAAGAACGGAGAAACCCUCCUGGGGGCUGUCAACUUCUUCGUUUCCAGCAUCAACACCCUGGUGAACAAGACUAUGGAGGACACGCUCAUGACUGUUAAGCAGUAUGAGACGGCCAGGCUGGAGUACGACGCCUACCGCACAGAUCUGGAGGAGCUGAGCAUGGGCCCGCGGGACGCCAGCACCCUGUGCCGCCUCGACGCCGCCCAGAGCCACUUCCAGAGCCACAAGGGGAAGUACGAGAAGCUGCGGGCAGACGUGGCCAUCAAGCUCAAGUUCCUGGAGGAGAACAAGAUCAAAGUGAUGCACAAGCAGCUGCUGCUCUUUCACAACGCUGUCUCCGCCUACUUCGCCGGCAACCAGCAGCAGCUGGCCCAGACCCUGCGGCAAUUCAACAUCAAGCUGAAGACGCCGGGUGCCGAGAAGCCCUCGUGGCUGGAGGAGCAGUGAGCGGCCUGAACUCUGAGCUGUGGCCGGGGCCAGGCGCAUGUGGGCGAGGGGGACCCCUGCACAAGCCCCGCAGCCUGGACCCCGGCUGGGUACAUGGGGUCCCUUUGCCUCGGGUGGCCCUGGGCUCUGUGCCCAGGUGGGGGCUGGAGACGGGUCCUGAGCUGCGGCAGGGCUCCCCCGUCUGCCACUCUACCCUGGGAGUUCGGUGCCCCCAGCCUGGGCUGCUCCUAGGGGUGGAGCGCUUCAGUGACCCCCACCCCGUGCAGCUGCAGGGCAACGGGGGUCACUCCUGGGAGGCUCAGUGUGUCCUGUCCCCCCCAACAGGCCUCGGGGGGGGGGGGCAGCAUGUCUCACCCCCCAGCAGGCCUCACUCCUGAGGGGGCGGCGUGUCCCA